AGGGUGCGCAACUAAAAGAAAGCGUGUUUGAUGUGUCGAUUUCGUCCGACCAUGUGCAAGAGUGUUGUUUCGGUUUGUUAGAAAAUGGGAAAAGAAAAGAAAAAAAGAAAGCAAGAAGAAUUGGAAGAUGGAAACGUUGAUGCACCGCAAAAGAAGAAAAAGUUAGAUGAAACAGAUGCCGAUCAAACUGUUUGUGAAAACAAAGAAUCGACUUACGAAGACAAAUUAAAGUUUGUUAGUGUAAUUGCUAAACCGAUGGCAUCGAGAAAACUUGCCAAAAAACUAUACAAAUUGGUCAGAAAAGCUACAAAGUAUAAGACAUAUUUACGAAAUGGUUUAAGGGAUGUGCAGAGUAGAAUAAGGAAAGGUGAAAGAGGGUAAGUAAUUUCUUACACUGUAAUUUAAUAAUUUGUUAAUCAACUUCCUUUUCUAUAACCUGGAAAAUUUGUUAUUUGCUUUUUCAAAUAUAAAAUUUUCUUUUAAACUUUCAUUUUUUUUUUCUUUGCCAACUCCUCAGCUAUUUGUUCAGUUAUUAUAUUUCUUUUAUAAUGAAAGACUUAGCAAUACAAUAAAACUAUAAUUUUCAUUUUAUACAGUAUAAAUUUUAAAAAAUCAAACAAUUACCUGAUUAAAUUGGAUACAUUACCACAACUAAUAAUUAUUAAUUACUACACCAGAGGUAAGCGUUAGGUGCCAUCUUUUAUUAAAUUUAAAUUAUUUAAUUUAAAUGAUUACUUAAUUAGAUUUGUAAUUGUUUGGCUUUAACAUAAUUAUCAAUCAAUCAAUCAAGUUUUUAUUCGUAUUAAGGCCGUGGCCUGUUACAAGGGAUGUAUAUUAGUAACAAUCAAAUCUUACUAUUGCUAAGAAAUACAUCUUCAUCAACCCGAGUUAAACCAAUAUCUCUAUCACAUGGACUGAUAAGUUUAAAGUACAACUUGGAAAAUACACUUUAGAGAGGAUCAAUUUGUGCUACAAAUGAAAGCAUUUUUACUUUACAUGUGUACAAUAUAAUUAAAUUUAUAUUAUUGUUUAGUUAUUAAAAUUAUUACAUCAACUUGAGUUUGCGAUCAUAUUUGUAUUGUCUAUAAAUUGUAUUGAUCUUGGCUAUAUGGAAUACUACAUACUUAGCUUUUUUUGUUAGUACAUUUAGGUAAAAGGUAUAGAUCAAGAUUCUGUGCUAGAGCUCCUUUGAGUCUUUACCGCCACAAAACAUAUGGAAUUUUGAAAUUAAUUUUAACACCAUGGGAAAUUACUCUUAGAAAAUUUG